AUGGAAGAGGGCCCUUCGCUCGAGCUGUGCAUCGCGGUGUGGGCGGAGGUUGGCCUGUCGGCUGAGCGGCACGCGACCCUCGACAACCAGGCCAUCUCCAUCUCCGACAACCGGCAAGACUCGGCCGUCGGCCGCGAGGCGCUCAAGGACGUCAUCAAGGACUUUCGCGACACCCCGGCCGAGGAGCGGCCGCGCCGGAUCGGCGUGCUGAUCAAGGCCUUCCAGGCAGAGGUGGACGCACUCACGCGGCGGCAGGCCUUCGCCGAGGACGCCUUUCUCAACCUCUACCGCCCGCUCGCCGACGCGCCCGACCCGCAUGCCUCUCUGCUGGCCGCGGCGGCGGAGAUCGGACGGCUGCGUCCCGAGGCUGCUGCUGCUGCGGCGGCGGCCGAUGGGCUCCGUCGCGAGCUGGCGCACAUCGACGCGACGGGAGGAGGUGACGGCGAGAAUGAGCGCAUCGCGACGCGGAGCUCGCGGGAGCAGACGAUCAAGCGGUUGCAGGCGCAGCUCAGGGAGCAAGAGGAGUCUGCAGCGGCGCGAGGCGGCGAGGCGGCGGCUGCGGCGCUGCGCAGCGCGGAAGAGGGGUGGGAGCGGGAGCGGGCGGCGCUGCUGGCGGCGGCGGAGGAGGCAGAGGCGGAGGGGGCAGCGCGGAUCGGAAGGGCGCAGGAGGAGGCGGCGGCGGCGGCGAGGCGGGUGGCGGAAGAGGCGGCGCUGGAGGCGCGCGGUGGCAUCGAGCAGGCGAGGGCGGCGGCGGAGGCGGAGGCGGAGGCGCGCUUGCGAAGCACGGAGUCGGGCUUUCAUUCACACCUGGGGGCGCUCCGUGAAGAGCUCGACAGGACUGCGGGGCAGCUGCGGAGGAUGCAGGCGACGGGCGGCGGCGGUGGCGGCGGCGAUUCUGGCGGCGGCGGCGGCGGCGGCGGCGGCGGCGGCGGCGGCGGCGGCGGCGGCGGCGGCGGCGGGGGCGGGGGCGGGGGCGCGGCGGCGGCGCUCGCCACUUCUCGAGACGCCGAGGCGGCGGCGGUGAGGCGAGCGGCGGAGCAGGCGGCGGCACUCUCAAAGCUGGAGGACCAGCUGCUGUCUCGGGGGCGGGCGGGCGGCGGCGAGGCUGCCGCCGCCUCCUCCUCCCUCACCCUUGCGUCAGUGCUGCACCAGCUCUCUCCCGCGGCGGCGGCGUCGCAGCGCCAGCCGCCCCCGUCGCCGGGCGGCUCGAGGCUCGACGCCGCUGAAGCUGGCGGCGGCGAGGCGGAGGCGGACGGCGGCGCGAUGAUGCGGACAUUGCUGUCUCAGCGCGAGCGGGCGCGGCGAGAGGCUGAGGCGGCGGCGGCGGAGGCGGGGCGGUUGCGCGAGCAGCUCCGGUCGACGCAGUCGAAGGGGCGGCAGCUGCACAGCGACAACCUCGCGCUGUACGAGAAGGUUCGCUUCCUCGAGGCUCUCGGGGGCAAAGCAAGGGGGGCCGGAGGGGCGGGCGCGGGGGGCGGAGCGGGCGGGCCAGGAGCCGGGCUUGCCGCGGCGGCGGAGCAGACAUACGGGAGAGAGUACGAGGCCACGAUCAGCCCCUUCUCGGCCUUCCAGCGGCGCGAGCGGGCGGCGAGGCUGGCGGAGCUGUCGCCGCCUGAGAAGCUAUUGCUCGCCGUGGCGCAGCGGCACAUCGAGCCCGUGCACGCGCCUCACGGGAUCGGAGUGCACCCGCAAGAGAGGCUCUAG